ACUUUCAGCCGGCUCAGGCUCAGGAGUGCUUAGCCGCCGUUAGGCUAAGUCACAAAACCAAGGCGUGACUUAACUACGGCUUCAGUUCGGAGGAGGAGGAAGGGAGAGCCUGCAGGCUGUGCUCCCACCUCUCCGCAGAGACUCCAGGAAGUAGGGCCCGGCGCCCAAGCUCCGGGCAGAAAUCAACUACGGUGCCUCGGAAGGGUCGCGUCGUGCCUCGCGAAGGCUUCCCCUUCGCCAGUCACCUCACGGGGGCCGCCCCUCCCGCCGCCGGAAGGAGCCGUUGCCCCGAGCAACCGUAACGUCCGGCUUUAGGAGUGUGGUGGCGGGAAAGGCCAUGAGUAAAAGCCGGGCUGAAGCUGCGAGUGGAGCCCCCGGCAUCCUUCUGAAGUACCUGCAGGAGCAGAACCGGCCCUACAGCGCGCAGGAUGUGUUCGGGAACCUGCAGCGGGAACACGGGCUGGGCAAAGCGGCAGUGGUGAAGGCCCUGGAGCAGCUGGCCCAACAAGGCAAGAUCAAAGAGAAGAUGUAUGGCAAGCAGAAGAUAUAUUUUGCGGACCAGGACCAAUUUGACAUGGUGAGCGACGCUGACCUCCAAAGCCUGGAUGCCAAAAUUGUGACCCUCACUGCCAAGGUGCAGAGCUUGCAGCAGAGCUGCCGCCACAUGGAAGCUGAGCUGAAGGAAUUAUCUAGUGCCCUGACCACACCUGAGAUGCAGAAAGAGCUCCAGGAGUUGAAGAAGGAAUGUGCUGGCUACACAGAGAGACUGAAGAGCAUCAAAGCAGCCACCAACCAUGUGACCCCAGAAGAAAAAGAACAGGUGUACAGAGAGAGGCAGAAGUACUGCAAGGAGUGGAGGAAGCGCAAGAGGAUGGCAACAGAGCUGUGUGAUGCAAUCCUUGAAGGAUACUCCAAGAGCAAGAAGCAGUUCUUUGAGGAAGUUGGGAUAGAGACAGAUGAAGAUUACAACGUCAAGCUCCCAGACCCCUGAGAGCCCCUGUGCUAGGACUGGAUUGUGGAGACAGAGACGUCCCAGACUGGCUGCCCCUUUCAGCCAGGUUUUUUUGUUGUUACCGCUGCUUCCCACCUUUGAGCAGAGCAGUUGGGAGAGGGGCAUAAACCAGAGUAUUAGGCAGAGAGGGAAGGGAGGGAGUGCUAGUCACCUAGAAUGGAUGUUUAUGCUCAUUACAUGGUUCACAUUUCAAUUGCUUGAGCUUAACACUUAGACUUGGAACAAAACUAAAGGAAAGCAUUUGCCAAUGUUUAUUGUAAUAUAAUUUGAUAUAAAAAUAUUUAACUUCCUCUGGAUAAUUAAACCUCCCAGAUAUCAAAUCUGAGGAAGGCAAAAGGGAGCUUGAGGGACAAGGGUAGAGAGAGGCUAUUAUACACAGCAUUCAAGGAGUCCAGGGCUGUACCCUGGACUCUCUUGGGUUCUAUACACCCCGAGCCUUCACCUCCCCAAGUCCUGAGAGAAGUGCAAGCAGCACUGAGAGAUGGUAGAGACCCAGAUAUACCUGACAGAAAGGCUGGGAGUGGUUUUGAGGCCCAGCUAAUAAUUGCAACUUUAGCAAAAUUGCUUUGUUGGUGUUUAGAAAAAUAAAAACUUUAAUAUGU